CGCGCGCCUACAGUGCGCUUCCGUACCGCCCGCCCUGGCAGACCGCCGCCCAGCGUGAGCAAACAUUGUUAAAACUAAAUCGACUGCCUCGUUAUUGAGUUGCAAGUGUGGACCAAACUUUUAUAUCGAAUGGUAUAUAUAUACAGUGCAAAGUAUUGGAAAACAUAUUUUAAUUAAGUGUGAAAUAUUUGCGUUGUGUGUUAUUUAAAUUAUUAGUAACCAUUUAUUUUAUAUUCCAUGUAGAUUGGUGGUGAUAACUUAUUUAUUAAAAUUACUCUGUUUCUGAUCUCGUUGAGCUCUGAUAAAAACACAAAAAAUAUUUUGACGACCAUUUAAAUACGAGUCAUAAAGUUAAAAUCGGGAAACAAAAGUAUUAACUUACAAAAUCGUACCUAAAUAUUUAAGUAAUUUGACUCAUUGUGCGACUGCAAGACACGUUUAAACUUUCAAUGUUAUAAAACUAUGGUUCUAACCAACUUCACAAAGUAUCAUGACUAAGAAAUUAUAUAGUUUUGGAUAAUAGAUAGGCGUAUGUGAAAAUUUAUAAUAAUAGAUGUGAAUAGUGACCAUUAAACUGAGUAAGUCACCAUGGCUGAGAAGCUACACGAAUACCAAGGUUUGACAGGUCGUCUCCACGGUGCCAGAGACAGGUACCGCGAGCGUUGGAGCCAGUGGAAGGACCAGCACCCUCGAGGAGUCAAGGACUUGAUCAAGGAGUCGCUCUUCGGCAUUCCCAGUUCUGACGAACCGGAACGACAGUGGCAAGACAGUGAAUACAGUGAUAUCUUUCGGCGUAAAAGUCGAAUCGAGCUGAUGCGCAUAUCAGCCGCGGUGAUGGGGAUAGAGUUUUCCUAUGCCGGGGAAACAGCGUUCGUGUCGCCCACUCUCCUUCAGAUAGGCGUGCCCCACCACCAAAUGACACUGGUGUGGGCGCUGUCUCCACUCAUUGGGUUCUUCAUGACCCCACUACUGGGCUCGCUCAGCGACCGCUGCAAGUCCAAAUUUGGGAGACGGCGGCCGUUUAUUGUUUUAAUGUCUGUUGGAGUGCUGUUAGGCCUUAUUCUAGUCCCUAAUGGCGAAGAAAUAGGCUAUGCCCUCGGCGAUGAGAGGCCAGUCAACCAAACGGCAAUCCCUUCAGCUUUAGGCCCUCGCAGCUCAGCCCUAGACCAUGAGAGCACAAACUACCACCCUUGGGGUGUUCUGUUCACGGUUCUUGGCACAGUGUUCCUCGACUUCGACGCUGAUGCCUGUCAAAGUCCAGCUCGGGCUUAUCUUCUGGACGUGACAGUACCAGAGGACCACGCAAAGGGACUAAGUACCUUCACCGUGAUGGCUGGCCUGGGAGGGUUUAUGGGGUACGCGCUCGGAGGCAUCAAUUGGGAUGACACGAGACUAGGCGACUUUUUAGGUGGUCACGUGCGGGCAGUAUUCUCCCUAAUCACAAUCAUCUUUAUCGCGUGCGUUAGUGCCACUAUCACCAGCUUUAAGGAGAUUCCUAUGGGACAGCUCAUUGAGCAGGACCAGUUCAGGAAGCAGGCACAGACAGAGCGAAAUCAGGAGAGCUUCGACAUCGAUGAUGGACAGGAGAAGAAUGGUCUGAAGAGGGAUAACACGACUUAUGGGGCGCUAAACGGACCUGAGAGUGGAACCGGCAUCAACGCAGUAGAGGGCGGCCACGAAGUCCAGAAUCUAUCCCUCAGUCACUACCUGAAGUCCAUCGUAGUGAUGCCCAGCUCCUUGCGCGUGGUGUGUCUAACCAAUCUCUUUUGCUGGAUGGCACACGUCUGCUACUCGCUUUACUUCACCGAUUUCGUCGGUGAAGCCGUUUUUGGAGGUGAUCCCGCGGCGCCAGUAGGCAGCGAAAGUCGAGCUGUAUACGAAGCGGGCGUUCGUUUUGGUUGCUGGGGCAUGGCCAUGUACUCGUUAUCCUGUGCUUGCUACUCUACUAUCAUCGAGAAGCUUAUCAAGAGACUCGGAGCUAAAAAGGUGUAUGUAGGCGGUCUCUGCACCUACAGUUGCGGUAUGUUCAUGCUGUGUGCCAUCCGCGCGCGAGCUGCCGUGCUCCUGUUCAGCUGGACAGCUGGCGUCAUGUACUCCACGCUCUUCACCAUGCCGUACUUGCUCGUCGCGCAUUACCACAGCACUGGCAUGUGGGAUGACGCCGGCGGCGGCUGCUCCCAGGAGCGGGGCAUCGGCACCGACGUUGCUGUCGUCAGCAGCUGCGUGUUCGUGGCCCAGCUACUGGUGUCAGUCAUCAUGGGGUUCGCUGUGAAGGCGUCAGGCACCACGGCAGCUGUCACUGCGGUUGCGGCUGCCCUGGCCGCUGCCGCUGCAGUCUCCGCCACCAAGAUUACAUACCUGGACCUGUAAUGACGUAGGAAGGCUAGAAGUGUGAGAGAGAAAAUAUAUAACAAAAAGUGUUAUAUAUUUAUUUGGAUAUCUUCUCAAAACCGGCUGAGAAGAUCUUGCGGUUGUUUAUAAAACCUAUUUUAUAGAACUGUGACUUCCAGUUUAAAUAAGUAGAUUAAAGUACCUAUUAUAAUGUGGCGAUGCGAGUGCUAUGAUAUAUGAAUACUAACUUGGAUAGAUAUUAAUAGUCAAACAGAAUACUUAGAGACUACGUUUUAGGUAUUUCUUAGAAAAACGUAUUUAUGAGGAUAAGAAAGGUUAAAUAGGUAAGUAAUCCUAUUAUUUUGUUGAACAAUUGAAGAUCUCAUUUUUGUUAGUUGCUAUAAAUUUACAUGUUUUUUUUUUAAUUGUACCUAUAUUUUAUGAAUUUCGCCAUAACUCAUUUUUACUAGGCUAUUAAUCAUCAAAC